AUGCCAAGAACAUGGAUAAUGCUCCUUUGUUUGAGUGGCACAAUUUUAUCAGGACAAAGCCAAAACUCUGCACGUGACAUAGAAUCACACUUGGAAACUUCUUCUAAGAGACCGGAGUUAGAAACAGCAGUCAUUCAUCCACCAGGAAUUGAUACAGGAGUGACACUGUUAGAUACACAUGUUUCGGGUACAACUUUCCCUGCAGAAGAGAGUGAGGAUGAGCAUUUCCAGGUGGAGGCAGAGGAGGAGAGGAAGCAGCAAAGAAUUGAUUUUACAAAGAUGGAGGCUGGUAGACAAAAGAGAGGUGCCUGGGGGAAGAGGAAACAUGCACCUACAGUGGAGGCCAAUGCAUAUAGAAUAGCAGGUUUGGGGCGACCCCUAGACGGCUGGAAGAAAAGAAGCAAAGGAGAGAUGGAAACCAGCGCUCUCAUGGCUGUUCUUAAGGAACUUCACACUGAGUGGAGGCGGCUAAUGGAUCAAGGAAAAGCAAAAAAGAAGGAGGAGGAGGAGGAAGAGGAUGAUGAUGAUGAUGAUGAUGAGGAGGAUGAAGAUGACGAUGAUGAUGACGAAGAGGAAGAAGAAGAGGAGGAAGAGGUUUCGAUUUUUAGUACAAAAGCAGUGCCUUGCUUUAGAGAGGAAGAAGAGGGAGAAGGAGAGGGAGAAGGAGAGGGAGGAGAGGGAGAAGGAGAAGAAGAAGAGGAAGAGGAAGAGGAAGUGACAACUCAGUCUCCCAGCAAUCAAACAGCAACAUACACCAACUUUACAGAGUCUCCUCUCAGCGAGUGUCAGACUACUGACAGAGAAAUCAACUGCAGGGGCAUCGGCAUGACUCACCCGCCAAUCAUCCACAACCUGGAGGCCACAAAGCUGGACAUGGCAGAGAACAACAUCCAAAGCAUCACUCCAGAUGUUUUCUCCGGCCUGCCAAACCUGGACACACUGGACCUGAGCAAAAACAAGCUGGAUGAUGAGUUGUUCAGCCAAAACCCCCUGUCUAACUUGACCUCUCUGAAGAAGCUGAACUUAGAUGGCAACCAGCUUACCAGGAUCCCGAUGCUGCCGCCAUCCCUGGAGGAGCUAAAGAUUAACAACAACAAGCUUAGUUCACUCAACCCUCCUUGUUUCAAAGGUCUGACGAACCUGUUGAAACUGGAGCUGGAAGAGAAUAGUCUACAUGACGGCAGUGUGUCACCUCAAACCUUCAGACCACUAAAAAGUCUUCUGUACCUCAAGUUGGACAAUAACCGCUUUCGAUUACUGCCCCAGGGUCUUCCCCCCUCUCUGAAGGUGCUGAAGAUGAAUCAAAAUCUGAUUGAAGAGGUGACAGAGGAGGCAGUGAGGGGCUGCGUCCAUUUGAGAGUGCUGGACCUGAGUCACAACCUGCUGCAUGAACAAGCCAUCGCUGACCGUGCCUGGAUCCGUCUCAAAGCCCUGGAAGCCUUGGAUCUGUCUUACAACCGAUUGACCUCAGUCCCCAUGAAUCUGCCUCGCCGUCUCAGUAACCUGACACUUGAGCACAACGACAUCAGUUACAUCCCUGCCUUUGCGUUCCGCCACCUGCGGCCCGGCCUGCAGUCCCUCUGUCUAUCCCACAAUUCCUUGAGCAAUGAGGGUGCAGAGCGAGUUUCUUUUGUUGGAACAUACCGCUCACUUAGUGAGCUCCUACUGGACAACAACCGCCUGGGGGAGGUCCCUCUCUCUGUUCGACAGUUUAAGAAACUGCAGGUGCUGAGACUGGACAACAACAAGAUCAGGCUGGUGAGAGGGUGGGGAGUGUGCCACCCUAGUAAUUCUGGCUCCAUCUUGGCUUCAGUCCACUUGGAAAAUAAUCUGCUGGAGGUGGAGAGGAUCCCCCCAAAUGCCUUCUCUUGUGUCGUUGAUGCUCAGGGACUGGUCCUCUAUCCACAGCAGGGACAAAACAAAUAGGCUGCACAGUGGGACAGAGAUACAUGCACAGACAAACACAAUAUAUGCAUGUAUAUCAUCAUACAACUGUACUUUUCUUUCUUUCAGAGUUUGCAGAAAUAAAAUCUUUAUCAAGUAGUUUGCUCAGUCACUCAAAGCUAUCAUUUUAACAUCCCUAGAUCUGUCUUUUUCUCUCAGAUCUUAUCUUUGAUUGGAAAACUGACUGUAAUGUUUUGAUUUAUGUAUAUUAAAGCAAAUGAAGAGUUCAUUUGCAAAACAGAUAUCUCCAUUUAAAUUAAUUUUCAUUAAGCAUGUUUUUUUAUUGUGCAUUCCAGGUAAUCAAACUGUAUCAGGUAUCAAUCAAACUGCAGCUGGGUUGUUUUGAUUAAAUAAAAAUAGCUCAUAGUAA